AUGACUCACAGCGAUAUGUCCGAUCACGAAUCCAACGGAUCAGUCCAUGAAUACGACGACUACGCUGACGAUGGCUCUGACGCUGGAUCUGUCGCCUACUCUGUCGGCUACGACACAGAUGAGCAACUACGGGACUUCAGCCACUUCCCGGACGAGUCACGUUCUGAGAUUCUGGACAACAACGACGACGAACUCGACGAGGAUGAUCACAAUCCUUGCGAGGAAGACCACAGUGGAUCCGCUCAGCUCCCAGUCCAAGAAAAGUCGAAGGUAGUUGCCAAGAAGAAGGGCAAGAAGACCUUUGGCCUUCCACUCGACCGAGCAUCCUUUGAAACCUUCAUAGAUCAUAACACGACUCUAGACGACGAAGGGUACCCAAAGCUCCCCAACGGCAAGACGGUCUUUGUUAGGCAUCCGGGCCAGACGCUCACCAACUGGGGCACCUUUGCUUUCACUUACAAAACUUCCGGUGGUGGGUUUCAGGAAAAACGACCUGACUGGCGAACCGUCCGGUUUGCUUGUCUUGGUGUGGUUAUCUGUUCCAAUGCGGAAUGUGAUUACCUUGGCUCACCACCUACUGCCCGCGGAAAAAUAGCUGAAAUGAAAGACACGCCUAUCAAAUGCCCGGCGGCUCUAUGCUCUGAGUACCUGCGUCACAUCCCAUGUGAAGACACGAUAUGUCGGCUGGAUGAGCACCUCCCAACCGGUUGGGGUAUCAUCAGACACGCUGGUUUCCACGUUCAUCCAUGGCCACGUCGUGGCAAGCCUGAUAAGUUAUCCAUCAGCAAGUUUGGCGAAAGGGUUGUCAACAACCCUUCUGUCGGGCCGUUGCAACACAAGGUCGGUCGGGCUCCAGCAGGAAAGCAAGAAAUCAAGACAGCUUCCGCUAUCCAUCCGGCUUUUGGAAAUUUGCAUCGGACCGGCUACUACCGUCGCAAGCUAUUGGUGGACGCAGGUGUCAUUCCAGAGAAAAAAAUUCCCGGCUCAGGCGACAGUUUUAUCUUGGACAUGAUCCACUGGGCCAAACUUGGCUUGAGGAUGAUUUCCUCAUCUUUCUUGCCUGAGAAUACCCAUAUGACCUUUCAAACCCCGUGGAUGGCCGAGCAAUUCCUAGCACGAGAGGAAGAUGGUGGCGUCUACAGCGGGGGACUUUUAUCCGACGUGACCUACAAAUUUUUCGCUAAUGGCUACCUCAUGACGACUUCUAUGUACCAAUCUGUCAUUCACCGGUGGAUUCCGAUUCAGCUCACCUGGCUAUACGGUCUCUCGGAAGAGCACUACGUGGCUCAUUUCCAGGCGCUGAUGAAGCAAAUCAAGGACGCCCAACUGUUACCCGCUGAACGAGACAUACUUGUCAGACAAGUCGUGGAUUUUUCUGCUGCACAGAAAAACGGUUUCAUAAGAGCUUACAUGGACGUUUUUGAUGUAACCGAUAGGGCCCAAGCGUUAGGCAAACUUCGUGGUUGUCAAGAACACUUCCGUGCUUCAGUCACACGGAUACGGCGUAAUCUCAAUGUCAUCCCUAGGCACCAGCAAGUAAGUUUUACAUUUAGCCUAACUCUUUGA